GAUUUUGAGAAGGACACAGACCCUAAAGUGCUUGGAAGCAGUGCAAAGAACGUUUUGUGCAGCAUUUGGCAGGAAUCUGUGUUAGCGAGAACGCAGCCGUUCACCGCAGCUCGCUGGGCGCUGGCUGUUGGGGAGGUACACCGGGAGCUAGACGACACAUCUCUAUGGUCAAGUAAACAUAGAGUGGGCCUCUCUUCCCCCACGUGGUGGGCCUGCGCAUGAGCAGUAGCCGCAGCUUCGGAAACAUGGCGGAGGAAGAGCAAAGAAAAAAGAUCCCAUUGGUUCCAGAAAAUCUCCUGAAAAAGAGGAAGGUUUAUCAGGCCCUUAAAGCCACUCAAGCAAAGCAGGCACUUUUGGACAAGAGGGAGCAGAAGAAAGGAAAACAGCUCAAGUUUAAGCGACUGGAAUGGUUUCUACAUGACUCCUGGAGGCAGCAACGUGACAGGGUGCGCCUCAGACGACUAGAAGUGAAACCUCGUGGCCUGGAAGUGCCAGAUAAACAUUCCUUGGCCUUUGUUGUCCGCAUCCAAAGGAUUAAUGGGGUGAGUUCACUGGUGCAGAGGACCAUUGCACGGCUUCGCCUGAAGAAGAUUUUCAGUGGUGUCUUUUUCAGAGUGACCCCCCAGACCAUAAAAACGCUGCGUGUAGUGGAACCUUAUGUGACCUGGGGAUUUCCAAAUCUGAAGUCUGUCCGGGAACUCAUCUUGAAACGUGGACAAGCCAAGGUCAAGAAUAAAACCAUCCCUUUGACGGACAACACAGUGAUUGAGGAGCACCUGGGGAGGUAUGGUGUUAUUUGCUUGGAAGACCUCAUUCAUGAAAUCGCCUUUCCGGGGAAGAAUUUCCAGGAGAUCUCUGCGUUCUUACGUCCUUUCCAUCUGUCAGUGGCCCGUCAUGCUACCAAGAAUAGAGUGGGUUUCCUCAAGGAGGUGGGCUUACCUGGCUAUCGAGGUGAACGCAUCAAUCAGCUCAUUCGGCAGCUGAAUUAAACCCAGAAUAUCUGAAAGCACAGCGCAUUGGUGGCAUGUGUUUUGUCUUUUGGAAUGGUUACCGGUAUCUUCAAAGAUUAUUUUCUGUUGUAUCUUCAGAAACUAGAGAGAGGGUCAAGGAAAAGAGGAUGAUGCUCCUGGCAAGCACUUGUCAUCACAGCCCAGUUCCAACGGAAAGUUCCAGUGUGUUUUCCACAUUGGCUGCCCCUACCACCUCUGAAGUCAGCGGGGGACUCCUGCCACAGAAGAGGGAGUCCUGCUGUGCCGCAUCGUCUGUCUUGGGAUUUAAAGUUGAUGAACGAAUACCCAAGCAUGAAUACAAGACGGCAGUGGACCAAGCUCAGGGACCUACUUGAACCUGGGGGUUCCUGGGGCCUUGUUUUGGAAGGAACUUAAAAUAUAAUUACAAAGAAGAGUAC